AUGGCUGUUACUGCGAUUAUAUUACUGACGGCCUCCGCGCCCACCACGUUCAUCAUUGAAAGACUGACAGCGGUUAUCAAGUCUUUUGAUGGCUUUGCUCGCUUCAUUGUUGGUACAAAAGUAAAAGAACCAACUACGAUCCAGACAACUUCGGAAUGGCCUCGCUUUCACACCACUGCCGAGCUUUCAUUCUCGUCAGAGUUCAAGUCUUUUACAGAAGCCGUGUGCGCCCUUACGACCUUCCCAGUUACGAUCAUCUUAGCGUCUUUGGACACAAGCCUGUUCGGAGAUAGAGCGCCGCCGCUUGUCGAGUACGUCAAGACUGACUUCCCUGCCGGACUGGCCACACCGGACUUGCAGACGCAGAUCGAACAGGACUUUGCAAAAUUUGAGAGUAUAUAUCGAAAGAGGGGCACGCCCAGUGAAGUGGGGGAAAUUGGUCUGAGUGUUGGGUGGGCAGAAGAACUGGGCUUGCGAGGUAGUGACCAGGCAGAGGGAAAAGUCAAAAGUUUCCUAGUGGUCAGGGGUUGGGAGGACAUGAGCAGAUUCGAAGAGGCCGUGCAGAGUGAGCUGUUCAAGGAAUGUAUCCCUAUACUGGUUGGCUGGGGUGUGCCCUUCCAUUUGUGGCACGUUGAGCGGAAGGUAGUCCUCGAGAGUUAG